CCCCUGCUCUGGCUCCUCCCAUUCCCUCUCAAUGACAUUCUCCUCUUGCUCAGCCAGUGACAGACCGGCAGCUCUGCGCCUCAGGCCGCCUUCAUCUGUGAGGAACCUUUAGAGCCGGCCUUUCAGUCGCAUAGACCUUCCUCUGGAGCGGCUGUCUUGUCGCAAGAGAAAGUGAGAGUGGGACCGUCUCCUUGGCACUUCCCCGCUCCCUGCACUGCAGCAGCAUCACCGGCAGCCUCUCCCGGCUCUGCACUCGCUGAGAAGAGGAAGUGGAAGCGCCACUCUGCUGCCCGGGACCUGCUAGCCUGCUGGUGAGUGGGAGAGGGAUGAAUGGACAGGGACACUGGAACUAAGAGUGGGCUCUCUGUGUGAUUCCACCUGCUAUAUAGCUGCCGGCGCGGAGGGUGAGAUGGCUGAUUGGGCACCAGGGAAAAGGAGGCGGAGCGAAGGCCCUGGCAGCAGCCUGCUGAGUGAGGAGGAUGAAUGGGCAGGGGGCGUGGGCUAUGUGAGUGGGCGUGGCGUGUUGCUGUUGUAUAAGCAGAGGAUGAGCGCAAAGCUGCGCAGGUGUCUGCUCUGUCUGCGCACGGGGAUUGGCUGCACAAGAAUACUUAACACGGAAGAACAGCAGAUUCUUACCCAGCAGUAUCGCAGUAAUAUUGCAACCGGCAAUUAUGCCUUUGGCAGAAGAGACAGCUGUACUAGAUGACCCCCCUCGGACUGUGCCGAUGGUUGUUAUAGGCAAUGGACCUUCAGGGAUCUGUUUGUCAUAUAUGCUGUCAGGAUACAGGCCAUACCUUUGUUCAGAUGCUAUGCACCCUAAUCCAAUCCUUCAGAGCAAGCUGGAGGAAGCGAGACACCUCUCUAUUCCAGAGCAGGAUUUAGAAUACUUAUCUGAAGGUCUUGAAGGUCGCUCAUCUAAUCCAGUUGCAGUUUUGUUUGACACCCUUCUUCAUCCUAACGCAGACUUUGGGUAUGAUGAUUACCCAUCUGUUCUGCAGUGGAAAUUGGAAUCAGAACAUCAUAUUCCCCAUUUGGUGCUCGGCAAAGGACCGCCUGGUGGCGCCUGGAACGACAUGGAAGGAUCCAUGCUGACUCUUAGCUUAGGGGACUGGAUGGAAUUGCCUGGACUUAAAUUUAAAGACUGGGCAUUGUGUAAUAGAAGAAAUUCAAAAAAUAAUCGCGCUACGCCAGCAGAUGUGGCUUCUUAUUACAAGCACUACAUCAAGUCAAUGGGCCUCAAAAGGAACUUCAUUGACAAUUCCUACGUUACCUACGUGGCCAAGGCUUACAGAGAAGCGGAAGAGUCUACAGACGAAGAGACUAAACGGAUUUCAUCAGAACAGCCGCAAAAUGAACAAAAUGAUGUGUAUUUGAAAAACUGGGAAAUUCAAGGCUACCGAAGAGCAGCUGAUGGGUUACGCGAGCCUUUUUGUCUCUUUGCGGAGACGGUGGUCCUUGCUACAGGAACAUUUGAUGCACCGGCACGACUGGAAGUGAAUGGAGAAGACUUGCCUUAUGUUUCUCACUCUUUGUCGGAGUUUGAGGCAGCCGUCUGUAAAGGAAAAUUCAGGGGAACAACAGACCCGGUGCUUAUUGUAGGAGCAGGACUGACAGCUGCUGACGCUGUCCUUUGUGCCCACAACCACAAAAUUCCAGUCAUACAUGUUUUCCGUAGACGACUUCAUGAUCCAAGUUUGAUUUUCAAGCAGUUGCCCAAAAAACUGUACCCAGAAUAUCACAAAGUGUACCACAUGAUGUGUACCCAGUCAUACGGAACACCUUCCCUUCAUCCAAGGUAUACCAGCUUUCCUGAGCACUGUGUGCUUACUUUUAACUCAGAUAUGAAGUGUGUUCUGCAGAGUCCCUCUGGACUGAAGAAAGUAUUCAAAAUAUCCAAGGCCUUGGUUCUAAUAGGUUCUCACCCCAACCUUUUUUUCUUAAAAGAGCAAGGCCGAAGUCUUGGUCACCACCCUAAUCAGCCCAUCACAUGCAAGGGUAAUCCAGUGGAGAUAAACCCUUACACUUAUGAAGUCUCCAAGGAGCCUAACCUUUUUGCAUUGGGACCACUGGUGGGCGACAAUUUUAUUAGGUUCCUAAAAGGUGGGGCGCUUGCCAUAACGCGAUGCCUGGAAAUGCGACUUAAAAAUAAGAAUCAACAAGAUGAAAGUGCCAGUAAUGACGGGGCGGGCUAAAACUUAAAGUAGCCCCUUAAAACACUGCCCCAUAUUUAGAGGAGAACUAAAGCCUAAGUAAAGAAGUAGCUAGAAAUGUUGUACAUUAUGUGUUGGUUUUCUGUACCAGCCGGAGGCAACCACAGCCCUUUAGCAGUAAAGAUCUGU